GCGGGGGUCCCGGCCGCGGCCGGGGCGGUGCAGGCCCUGAGGAUGUCGGAUGGGAUCAUGAGCAAGGCCGCCACUAUGGAGAUCCCCAUCAGCAGCAACGGGGACACAGGCAGCCUGCCGGAGGACGACGGCUUGGAGCAGGACCUGCAGCAAGUGAUGGUGUCGGGGCCCAACCUCAACGAAACCAGCAUUGUCUCUGGCGGCUAUGGGGGCACGGCUGAAGGCAUCAUCCCCACCAGCACCAUCAAAGCCCCUCCAUUUCCAGGCUGUCUUGUCCAACCUCACCCACCCCGAGGACCAUCCGUCUCCCCCAGUGCAUCUGCCGCCAGCAGGAUGGCCAACCAGGCUGGUGCUUCAGCAGGCUCCGGGCUGCACCAGCCCCACCCCAGCCCAGCUGUCGGAGGAGAGGAAGUUGUCCGUGGCAUUGCUGUGGAGAAGUUUGACAUUGUCAAGAAGUGGGGUAUCAACACAUACAAGUGCACCAAGCAGCUGAUCUCAGAGCGGUUUGGCCGGGGCUCCCGCACUGUGGACCUGGAGCUGGAGACACAGAUUGAGCUGCUCCGGGAGACAAAGCGCAAGUACGAGUGUGUGCUGCAGCUCGCGCGGGCUCUCACCAACCACUUCUACAGCCUGGUGCAGACGCAGCACGCCCUGGGGGAUGCCUUUGCGGACCUCAGCCAGAAGUCUCCUGAGCUGCAGGAGGAGUUUGGUUACAACGCGGAAACACAGAAACUGCUCUGCAAGAACGGAGAAACACUACUGGGGGCUGUCAACUUCUUUGUCUCCAGCAUCAACACACUGGUGAACAAGACCAUGGAGGACACGCUCAUGACGGUCAAGCAGUACGAGACAGCCAGGCUGGAGUACGAUGCAUACCGCACGGACCUGGAGGAGCUGAGCAUGGGCCCUCGGGAUGCCAGCACCCUGUGCCGGCUGGAUGCAGCCCAGAGCCAGUUCCAGAGCCACAAGGACAAGUACGAAAAGCUGCGUGCUGAUGUGGCCAUCAAGCUCAAGUUCUUGGAGGAGAACAAGAUCAAGGUGAUGCACAAGCAGCUACUGCUCUUCCACAACGCCAUCUCUGCCUACUUUGCUGGGAACCAGCAGCAGUUGGAGCAGACCCUCAAGCAGUUCAACAUCAAGCUGAAGACCCCCGGUGCUGAGAAGCCCUCCUGGCUGGAGGAGCAGUGAGC